UGUGAGGUCUCGUAUCUCCCGGGGCCCCUGAACGCAGCGCCGUUAAACCAGGACUCCUCUUCAUCCCGAGAGGAGGGAGACGGUGGAGACCAGGAAUAACACCGGAAUACACCGGAACACACCGGAAUACACCGCGCACACUUCUCCUGCAGACCCUCACACACACACAUACACACACAUAAACACACAUAUAUAUAUAUUCCACAGGAGCAAAGAGAGAAGAUGUCUCGCGGAGUGAUCCAGCCCAGCCAGCAGAAGCUCGCGGAGAAGCUCACCAUCCUCAACGACAGAGGCGUCGGGAUGCUGACCCGCGUGUAUAAUAUCAAAAAGGCAUGUGGCGAUCCCAAGGCUAAGCCCUCCUAUCUCGUGGAUAAGAACUUGGAGUCGGCGGUUAAAUUCAUUGUCAGGAAGUUUCCUGCCGUGGAGACACGGAAUAAUAACCUGGCUCAGCUGCAGAAGGAAAAGUCAGAGAUCCUGAAGAACCUGGCGCUCUACUAUUUCACCUUCGUAGAUGUCAUGGAAUUCAAGGACCAUGUGUGUGAGCUGCUGAACACCAUCGACGCCUGCCAGGUCUUCUUUGACAUUACGGUGAACUUUGACCUCACCAAGAACUACCUGGACCUGGUGGUGACCUACACUACUCUGAUGACCAUUCUGUCCCGCAUAGAGGAGAGGAAGGCCAUCAUCGGACUCUACAACUACGCCCACGAGAUGACGCACGGAGCCAGUGACCGGGAGUACCCCAGGUUGGGCCAGAUGAUCGUGGAUUAUGAAAACGCUUUGAAGAAGUUGAUGGAGGAGUUUGUUCCACAUGGAAAGUCCCUGUCGGAUGCAUUGAUCAGCCUCCAGAUGGUUUAUCCCCGGAGGAAUCUGUCCGCCGACCAGUGGAGGAACGCCCAGCUGCUGUCUCUCAUCUCUGCUCCCUCCACCAUGCUCAAUCCUGCACAGUCAGACACUAUGCCGUGUGAAUACCUGUCACUGGACGCAAUGGAGAAAUGGAUUGUUUUUGGUUUCAUCCUGUGUCACGCGGUGCUGAACAGCGACGCGACGGCGUUGUCUUUGUGGAAGCUGGCUCUGCAGAGCUCCACCUGCCUCUGUCUGUUCAGGGAUGAAGUCUUCCACAUCCACAAGGCUGCAGAGGAUCUGUUCGUGAACAUCAGAGGGUACAACAAACGCAUCAACGACAUCAGAGAGUGCAAGGAACAGGCCCUGUCUCAUGCAGGCUCCAUGCACAGAGAGAGACGCAAGUUUCUCCGAUCGGCCCUGAAGGAGUUGGCCACAGUUUUAGCCGAUCAACCUGGACUACUCGGUCCUAAGGCGUUGUUUGUGUUCAUGGCGUUGUCGUUUGCACGUGACGAGAUCAUCUGGCUGCUUCGACACGCAGACAACAUCCAGAAGAAGAGCACAGAUGACUUCAUAGACAAACACAUAGCAGAGUUGAUCUUCUACAUGGAGGAGCUCAGAGCUCACGUCAGGAAGUACGGCCCGGUGAUGCAGCGAUACUACGUCCAGUACCUGUCCGGGUUUGAUGCCGUGGUGCUGAAUGAACUGGUGCAGAACCUGUCUGUGUGUCCAGAGGACGAGUCUAUAAUCAUGUCUUCAUUUGUCAACACUAUGACCUCUCUCAGUGUCAAACAAGUGGAGGAUGGAGAGGUGUUUGACUUCAGAGGCAUGAGGCUGGACUGGUUCAGACUUCAGGCCUACACCAGCGUCUCUAAAGCCAGCCUCGGUAUAGCCGAUCACAAGGAGCUCGGCAAAAUGAUGAACACCAUCAUCUUCCACACAAAGAUGGUGGACUCUCUGGUGGAGAUGCUGGUGGAGACGUCGGACCUGUCCAUCUUCUGCUUCUACAGCCGUGCGUUUGAGAAGAUGUUCCAACAGUGUUUGGAGCUUCCCUCACAGAGCCGACACUCCAUCUGCUUCCCUCUGCUCUGCACACACUUCAUGUCCUGUACUCAUGAGCUCUGUCCCGAGGAGCGUCACCACAUAGGGGAUCGAAGCCUCUCGUUGUGUAACAUGUUUCUGGAUGAAAUGGCCAAACAGGCCAGAAACCUGAUCACUGACAUCUGCACUGAACAAUGUACACUCAGCGACCAGCUGCUUCCUAAGCACUGUGCGAAAACCAUCAGCCAGGCGGUGAACAAGAAGAGCAAGAAGGCGACGGGGAAGAAGGGCGAGCCGGAGAGAGAGAAACCGGGCGUGGAGAGCAUGAGGAAGAACCGACUACUGGUCACCAAUCUGGAUAAACUCCACACAGCACUUUCUGAACUCUGCUUCUCCAUCAACUACGUUCCCAACCUGGCGGUCUGGGAGCACACGUUCACACCGAGAGAGUACCUCACCUCGCACCUGGAGAUCAGAUUUACCAAGUCUAUAGUGGGGAUGACCAUGUACAACCAGGCUACCCAGGAGAUAGCCAAGCCCAGCGAGCUGCUGACCAGCGUGCGGGCCUACAUGACGGUGCUUCAGUCCAUAGAGAACUACGUCACCAUCGACAUCACCCGGGUCUUCAACAACGUCCUCCUGCAGCAGACGCAGCACCUGGACAGCCACGGGGAACCCACCAUCACCAGUCUGUACACAAACUGGUACCUGGAGACGUUGCUCCGUCAGGUCAGCAACGGACACAUCGCCUACUUCCCGGCCAUGAAGGCCUUCGUCAACCUUCCCACAGAGAACGAACUGACCUUCAACGCCGAGGAAUACUCCGACAUCUCCGAGAUGCGUUCACUGUCUGAGCUGUUGGGGCCGUACGGUAUGAAGUUCCUCAGCGAGAGUCUGAUGUGGCACAUCUCGUCACAGGUCGCUGAGCUGAAGAAACUGGUGGUAGAAAACAUGGAGGUGUUGACCCAGAUGAGGACGAGCUUCGACAAGCCAGAGCACAUGGCCGCCCUCUUCAAGAAACUCACCUCUGUGGACAGCGUGUUGAAGAGGAUGACCAUCAUUGGAGUCAUCUUGUCCUUCCGCUCCCUGGCUCAGGAGGCUCUCAGAGAUGUGUUAUCCUGUCAUAUUCCCUUCCUGGUCAGUUCGGUGGAGGACUUCAAGGACCACAUUCCCAGAGAGACAGACAUGAAGGUGGCCAUGAAUGUCUACGAGCUGUCGUCAGCGGCAGGUUUACCCUGUGAGAUCGACCCGGCGCUUGUGGUGGCUCUGUCCUCGCAGAAAAGUGAUAACAUCAGUCCAGAGGAGGAGUACAAGAUCGCCUGUCUGCUGAUGGUGUUUGUGGCGGUUUCCCUGCCAACGCUGGCCAGCAACGUGAUGUCACAGUACAGCCCCGCCAUAGAAGGCCACUGUAACAACAUCCACUGCCUGGCCAAAGCCAUCAACCAGAUCGCUGCUGCUCUCUUCACCAUCCACAAGGGGAGCAUAGAGGACCGCCUCAAAGAGUUCCUGGCUCUGGCUUCAUCCAGCCUGUUGAAGAUCGGCCAGGAGACGGACAAGAUGACAACACGCAACAGAGAGUCUGUCUACCUGCUGCUGGACAUGAUUGUGCAGGAGUCUCCCUUCCUCACCAUGGACCUGCUGGAGUCCUGCUUCCCCUACGUCCUGCUGCGAAACGCCUACCACGCCGUCUAUAAACAGAGCAUCAGUGCUAACGCAUAGACACACACUAAACACACAGCGGAGGCCUAGCGUGCUGUCUACCAUCCAUAUAGACGCAAACACACUAACCGGCAUACACUAAAUACAAACUAAAAACACUAAACUAUGCCUGAAAUGCCUCGAUGUUAAUAUCAAAACAAAAAACGCAUCAAUGUGACAUGUACACUAAAAUGUCGUCACACUAAACAUGUAAACAAGUUCACUCUAAAUACAAAAACAAUACUCUAAUCGCCAAAACAACAUACAGAAACUCCCAGAAUUCAAUGCACAAAGUCGACGAAAAGACACUAAAAUUUAAAUAUAAACAGAAACACACAAACACACAAACACACACGAGCUGGAUGAAGUUGGGGGAUCAGUGUCUUUAUUUUAAUCAUUGUACUUUUUCAUUGACGUUGCCAGGGACCAUUACCAUAGCAACACGUAAUAUACCAUAUGUUUGGUUGGUAUAAAAGAACAAAAAUAUAAAUAUAUAGUAUAUAUAUAGUUGACACUAAAAUAUUAUUUUCUUCUUCUUUUUCGUUUUCUUUUUUUCAAUGACAGAUUUGAGAUUUUUAGUGGCCAGCUGACAAACUUCUAUGUGGUGAUGGAUUUUGGAUGCUUACUUUGGGAAUGCAAAUGAUGUGUUGUGGAUUAUUAUUUUAUUUUUUCUUUAUUGCUUUUAUGGAGGAAGAUUCCUGUGUUGAUAAUGAAAGACAUGUUGCUUGUUAAUGUAAGUUUCCAUACUUCUCUACACACACUGACAGACAUCCUGAGCAGAUAAAACUAAUCUUUCAACAUUUCAUAGUGAACACACAAACAAACGAACACGCACACACGUUGUAUAACAUGGUGAUGUUUUCCUUUCUUUCUUUUUUCAAGCUAGUCGUAACUUGAACUUUCUGUGGGUAAAGAUAUAAUAUCUGUAUUCUACUUUGAUGUGAACUGAACUCGUCUGUUUUUUAAUGUUUAUGUUUUGUUAUUUUUUAACGAUGACGACAUCGACGACGACUAUUUGCCAAAUGUGUUGACACUAAAAAAAAAAAAAACAAGUUGUGUAUCGGGGCUUGGAAGUGGUGGAGUGUUUGGGUAUUAAUGGGGUGAAAUGCCAUUUUUAAGUGUCGGGGACGGUUUUUUUGGGGACGAUAGACGGUCGGGGAAACAAUCCGCCUGGCUCUGCGGCAGCUUGGUUGACAGAAAGGGGUCACACAAGAACUUUUAUUACAGCGGGAACAAACUUUCUUUUUUUUUUUUUAAAGUACUGCAGUAAUACUACAGUAAAUACAUGGAGCAGGUGUUCCAUGCUGCAGCCAGAAAACCUUCAGUACACCUGCAAAUAUUCCUCACAGCUGUUGUUAGUCAACUCUCUCUGAUUUAAGUAAAGGUCCAGUAGGUGCUACUCUUCUUUUUUUUUUUUUUUCUUCAACACUGUAAAGUAGAAAUGAACAACAACAACAAUAAUUUAUAUGAUAACUUGCAGAAUCAUUCCCUGUAACUUCUGGCUUCUGAAAAGAGGAUGAAAUUUCAAUUUUUAAGGAAGGAAAUUUAGCUUUUCUGCAUUUUUUUCAUUUUUACAGUUGCUAUCUUGUAGUGCUGGCCACCAACAGGCCCUACUGAAACAGCCAGGGAGAGGGAUAGUGCCUUGCUCAAGGGCAUCUUAACAGCAGCUGUUGAAGGUCCAACACCUACAUAAAUGUCUUGGUAUUUAACUUUAAUAGGAGCAAUUCAAUUAACCAAUUCCUCCACAGCAAAACAAGUAAAUCCUAAUUGAUCUCAGACCUGUGAAAGUCUACAACAAACCUGGAGCUGCAAUAAGACAAAAAAAUAAAUGUAUAUAUAUACUUAUACACUCUUGGUGAUGUUUUCACUGGAUUUGUUUAACUGUGGUCGAUGGGCAUCCUUCAAUAAAACUUUCCGUAUUGGCAGUUAUGUUUUUGCAAUGGUUGAACGGGACACACGGCCUCCAAGGCAGGCGGACGACUUUUACAAAGUGCAGUCUGGUUUAUUUAUAUAUAUUUUUUGUCAAUCAAGUCAUGGCAAGGGCUACGUAACGAGACACAAACCAUGCUCCCUGUAUGCCAGCCCUCUGCUAAUGUAUUACAAAACACCAGGGCGUCUGUCUGAAAGCUUGUACUGCAUUCUGACUGUAAAGAGCAGAAAAACACUAAAAUGACACGUCUGCACUUUACAGCAGAUCCCAGGUCGUAUCUCUGCUGUGUAGUGUGCAUUGUAAGCAUGUAAAGACAGAUCCAUGGACACAUUCUGCCAUUUGAUGUGGAAUGAUUGCUGUUGUUUUUUUUUUUCUUUCUAACCUCUCUUUCUUUUUUUUGUGUCCCUGAUUUCCUCCGUGUAACUUAAAUUAAUGAAUAAAAAAAUGAACUUUA